GGGACCUUCGGUUCGUAAGCAGCACGGCUUCCCUCCAGUUCGAUGCGGUGAAGCGAUGCCCACGCCGGCCGAUACCGCCGCCGUCCCGGCGCUGCCCUCCGACGAGCCGAAGGAGGUGAAGAAUGAGAAGGGGGAGGCGUGCGUGGUGAUAGAUGUGAAGUGCGGCGGAGGCAUCGGCGAUGGCGGGGACUCUGACCCCGAGGAUGAGAAGGUUUGCCGGAUCUGCCACCUGAGCCCGGAUCGGAGCUCUGAAAGUUGCGGUGGAGCGCCGGAGGGGUCCGAGUUGAUACAGCUUGGGUGUGGGUGCCGCGGCGAGCUCGGGAUCGCUCAUCGGCAUUGCGCGGAGGCCUGGUUCCGGGUCAAGGGCAACAGGUGUUGUGAGAUCUGCGGGUCAAAUGCAAAGAACGUCAAUGGCGAAGAGGACAUAACUUUCAUGGAAGAGUGGCAUGAGAGGAGAAUAGUAGGCAACAAUAGACGAAGAAACUCAUCUGAGAGGAGCAGUUGUUGGAGAAGCCAACCGUUCUGUAAUUUCUUGAUGGCUUGUCUGGUCAUAGCUUUCAUUCUUCCAUGGUUUUUUCGAGUUAAUGUAUUCUAAGACAACAACUGUGUUCAAAGUACAGUGCAUCAUACACCAGUUAUGAAGAAUCAUAGUUCAAAGUUUCGUCCUUUAAGGUCUGUGCCCUAAGAUCAAUUGAAGCAGCAACGGGUGGAUCUCAUCCUCGCAUCAGUUUUGCACGCGGCUUCUACACAUCUUGAUUGCACAAGGCUUCUUUUGAGUGUUUUUCAUAUAAAACUCGGUAUAAGGAUUUUAUUAUAGCCAUGGGUGGGAAGUGUAUUGUUUGUUGUUUCUUUUCCAUUGUCAUAUUGUAAUAUAGAGAAAAACACGGUUGUACAUAAAGAAUUCUGGUUGUUAUUGUUCUUA